AAAAAUGCAAUCAAAUUGUAAAUCAACUCUCAAAUUUAUCAAGAACCGAAAAUGAAAAUCAAAAGAAGAAUGAACAAACAUAAACCCAGUGUUGAAACCCAGCAAGGCUGGGUUUCAAUGAAACCCAGCAAGGCUGGGUUUCAAUGAAACCAGCAAGCGCGACCAGCAAGGUUGGGUUCGCGCAACCAGCAAGGCUAGGUUCGUUGAAACCCAGCCUUGCUGGUCACGUAAAACCCAGCAGUUGGGUUUCGACGAACCUAGCAAGGUUGGGUUCGGGUGACCAGCAAAGCUGGGUUCGACGGAACCCAGCAGAUCUGGGUUUCGUCGAACCCAGCUACCUAGCUCAUCGGAACCCAGCUACCCAGCUCAUCAGAACCCAACCAAUCUGGGUAAGAAAGAAAGAAAGAGAAAGAAAGAAGGGGAAGAAGAGGGAUCUGGGUAGGAAAGAGAAAGAAAGAAGGGGAAUAAGAGGGAUUAGGAGAUGACGGUAGUAAUGUAAUUUCAUUUUUUAAUUAAAAUAUAAAUAUUUAUUUACAUG